GGAACCAUCGAGGGAGGCCGAAAGGAAGGAAGGAGCGGGGGAAAGAGGUGCUCCUUAGAGACCACAAAGAGCCACAGCUGCUGGAGGUGGACUGGCAGGCAGAGGCAGGGUGUUAGCGCUCAGGCAAAGUUGGGCGCGCGUUUGCGGGAACUCUGAACGGGAGGAGCGGCGGAGCAGCUGCGGUUGUAGAGGCAGUGGCGACCCCUGAGCGGGUCCCAGAGAGCCAGGGCAGGGGCCCUGAGAUGAAGAUGAGCGCGCCCUGGACCCGCUUCUAUUCCAACAGCUGCUGCCUAUGUUGCCAUGUCCGCACCGGCACCAUCCUGCUGGGCAUCUGGUACUUGAUCAUCAAUGCUGUGGUACUUCUGAUCCUACUGAGCGCCAUGGCAGACCCAGAUCAGUAUCACUUAUCCAGUUCUGAACUAGGGGGUGAUUUUGAUUUCAUGGAUGAUGCCAAUAUGUGCAUCGCAACCGCAAUCUCCAUUCUCAUGAUCUUGAUCUGUGCGAUGGCAACCUAUGGCGCAUACAAGCAACAUGCUGCCUGGAUCAUUCCAUUCUUCUGCUACCAGAUUUUUGAUUUUGCCCUCAACUCGCUGGUGGCGAUCAGUGUGCUUGCUUAUCCAAAUUCGAUCCAGGAAUAUAUACGACAGCUGCCUCCUCAUUUUCCAUACAAGGAAGAUAUCAUGUCAGUGAAUCCUACCUGUCUAGUCCUUAUUAUUCUUCUCUUUAUCAGCAUUGUCUUGGCUUUUAAGGGUUACCUGAUUAGCUGUGUCUGGAACUGUUACCGAUACAUCAAUGGCCGAAACUCCUCUGAUAUUCUGGUUUACAUAACCACCAAUGAUACUACGGUGCUGUUACCACCCUACGAUGACACCACUACAGCCUCCACAGCAACUGCAAUGGGUGUAGGGGCAGGGGCAGAGGCAGGUGUGGGUGCCGGUUCGAGUGGGGGUAUGGUUGCAAGUAAAGAGCCCCCCCCCACCUUACGUAUCUGCCUGAGCCAAAAGGUGGCAUGGCCCUGGGAACGACAGCUUUCCUCAGAUGUGUGAGCAAUAGUUCAUUCCUUCGGAGAUGUGCCCUCUGAGAUUGCCUGUCUGUCUGUCUGUUGCCCACCUCUUACAAUUGUCAGACUCUGAUAUCAUGUUAAAAAUUUAUUGCCCACAAUUUUUAAAAUGUGCUUCAGUUGUGUCAUCUACGUGAUAGGCUGCAGAAUUUUCGCAUUUGUGCUAAGCCAAUAGUAGCUUCAUUUAUAAGACUUUUACAUUCAACAUUUUGGAAACUGCGCCUUGAGUCUGAGAGCAGUUUCAUUUGAUACCCAUGGAAGUCCCUAAAUCAGGUAGAGGUGAGGGACAAGCUCCAUCUUUGUGCCCUCUAACUUUUGAAAAUAUACAGAAUAAAAUUAGAGGAAGGCAAGGGUUUUCAUGUCCCUUUCAAUUCUGUUGUUCAGGAUGAGUUUGGUAGGGCUGAUGCUUGCUAAAGCAUCUCGCUGAUUUGGGGAAUGGGAUAGCCAUUUCAACUUUCAUAGGCAUUCACUGGACAAUCCUCCGUAUGACUUAGAAAUCAACAGCAGAUUUGAAUCCAUGCUCCCAUAAUGUCCCCUGCCUCCUGGGCAAUGGUCACUCUUGUCUUUUAAACUCACUCAAUCUAUAAUUCCAUACAUAGAAAUGCUCUGCAGAAAAAUGCUCCCCAGAACAAUGAGAUGCUGUAGAUAGUUCUUUGGCUCAUAGUCUAAUCCAAGCUGUGCACUCAAAAGGGGACUGGAGCUGACCAGUCACCUAUCAUUGGCCCAUCAACCCUCUAAGCACUUGAAAUAUGUUUCUCCACUCAUAGUUCCCUUCUCAAAUUGAACCUCCACAAAGGUUACAUAUUUAAGAUGCUAAAUCAAGGGUGAUACUUUUGCCUCAUGUUUAGAAUUCCAAGUCACCCUCUUGAUUCUUGGUCCUCUCCCUCAAGAGAUCCAUGGGUGGGCCUAAAACAUAUACAAUAGAACUGGCAGGUUUUGCAUAUAGUGAGCUUGUAAAUUUUCCACAUUACCUAGGGAAGAAGACAGAGUGUUCUCUCAGGCUGUUUUCUCACCUAUAAAAUGACAGAGAAUGUUAAGCUACAUGUUAAUAUUGCUUUAGCUCUUGUCUAUAUGAUUCUGAUUUCCCAGACUGUAGCAUCUACUGUUUCAGCUUUGAGCACCACUGUUUUCUGUCUUCCCCAAAACUAAGUCCCCCACUCAAGCAGUAGGUUUCACUUGUUAUAUUACUCUUGGACAGGCCUAGCAGAGGCCUGCUAGGCCUAUUCUGCUCCCUGCUCCCACUGCCUCUUCCACCUCAUUCCAUGACCUCCUAUAACAUACCCUUGACUCUGUCCAUUUGACUUCAUGGCUCUGCCCUCUUCUGGAGCAUUUCCAAACAGCCUCAUUCAUUCUACCAUUUCUGAUGGGCACCUCCUGCUCUGUGGAUAGAAAAGCAGGAACCCCCUGGGUAAAGUAGAAUGGGCCAGGUAGGCAGGAGGGUGGGAAAGAACAGGGCCAGGGAGAUGAUGAGAGUACAUACCUGUGUAAGUGAGGAGGGCGUGGGCAGGGUAAGGGUCAAUGCCAUCUAAGUCCUAUGUAGACAGGUCAGUGGUAUAUCUAGAGCAUGGGUGUAUGAUUUGCUUGAGGCUUAACAAGUUUGGUUGGAAUGGUUUAUAUUUAGCAAGUGCUGUGGUUUUAUAAAACCAUUUGCAAAUUUUUUUUGGUGUUAAGGGGAGCUUAGUGGGGGAGAAGAGCCAUAAUCUUAUUCAAGAGCGAGGCUCCUGGAAAAGAUUUCAAAAAGUCCUUGAUGAAGGGAAAUAAGUUUAGUAAACGUGAUGGAGGGAAAGCUUUUUGGGCAGAAGAGGCAUGUGGGGAAUAGAAGCUGCCCAUCUUGGGGGAAAAAAAAACCCAACAGUGAGAAGGUUAGUAUAGACAGAUCAGAGAUUCGAUCAGUUGAACUGAGUCAGUUGAGAGAGUCAAAGAUGACUGUCCAUGGAAGCUGAAGACAAUAGGAACUUUUUCCUGGAGUUGGGGAAGGAGGUGGAGGUGAGGAAGAGUAUCUGGAGAGUAAGAUGAGGCAGAUAGAGGAGCAGGUCAUCCAGGAAAUAUUUGGUGGGUUGCAGGUCAACAGCUUGCUCUCAAAAGAUUGGAAACGACCCUGGAGGUAUAAGCCAGUCCCUAACUCUUUCUGCCAAUUCCAACCAAGGUUAGAUCCUGUUGCUUGAUCUCACCAAAACUUGUCCAGGCCCAUACAGGGAGGCUGCCUAGUCCGGUCUCUGAGGCACAUAGAUAGACAUCAAUAUGUAUACCUUCAAAUUUACGCAGCAAGAUUUUCUUUCCCUCUCUCUGUCCAAGCAAGCAUUACCUUUCUGCUUUCUGGGAUACUUGGCAAUCCUCUGAAAUGUAAAGCAAACCCCAGAUUCCUCUGAAGAGGGAUACACACUACUUUUCUUACUGAGUAUUACCUUCCUAGAUAGCUGAAGAACUUUGGUGCAUUCAUUUGUUUGAAAGUCAGCAACCACACUAUUUGUUCAUUGCUAAAUAUGCUCUGUGUGAAGGCUUCCUGCAAUUAAAGUGAUAGGUCCUCAUGUCUAAGAAAAUAGCCUUUGGAACCUCUGGGCAUGCUGCCCCAUGGACAACCCCCUCCCUGAUUUUGUCAUGCAAAUGCCACACAAUUUCCAUGUGAGUAAGAAAUAAAUGUCAUGUUUGUUCCUUG